UUAAAAUUUUAACUUUUUAUUAAAAGUUAGCAAAGCAUUUGAAUCCAAAUCGUUCAUCGAUAUAUAUAUUUUGUAUCUAAUUUAUUAUAAAUAUCGGAAAUUUACCAAUUCUCCAGCAAAAUGGAACAAAACAAAGGUUUCAUUACAGGCAGUUACUAUCAAGGCAUUUAUAAUACCGCUACCAAUGACAUGGAUGGUUAUGGUUAUUAUACGUUUCCAGAUGGAAGUACUUAUCGAGGGCAUUUUCGAAAGGGUAUCUUUCACGGUGUUGAUUGAACAAAUGGAAUUUGAAGAUGGAUUACGUUUCAACUGCCAUGUUCGGAAGCAUGACAUUAUCACUGGUAACUGGAAAUAUUUAACUCGAAAUAAUCGCCUAUACCCCAGGGAACUACUUGAUGGUCCACAACCAGUUGCACCAAACCCUUUACUUACAGUAACAGAAGACGCAAAAAUAUUACCUGAUGAUACAAUUGAUGCUGGUGAAGGAUUUUUUAAUCGCGAGACUGGUUUCAUAGUAAAUAGAAAACAACCUUUAACUUUUAAACGGUUCGUAUGUGACCGCAGAGAAGUUAAGUCGAUUUUAAAACAAUGUCGUGUAAGUGAUGAUUUGGAGUUGGUUUUACCUGACGAGGAGGACUGUGAAAAAAUACUUAGAUUAAAUAGACUGGAAUUGGCUAUAAUCAAUCCUGAAUACGAAUGCCCAUGUGAAGCCGAUAAGAAGCCGACGACUAGAGUUAAACACGAGGAUGAGCACUCUUGGUCCACUAUUUCGUCUUCUAGUAUUUGUGACGAAGAUGUCAGAGUUAGCGAUAUUGCACCAAAUACUAGAAUUGCAAAAAAUAUACCUAUUUUUGACAGUGUAGACUUUUAUGAUCAGUCACUAAUGCGUCAGAGGCCAUAGCAUUUUUACAAACUAUUUUAUAAUAGAAAUUGAAUUGAGUUAUUUUUUAACAGAUAUUGAAUUUAUU